UGUGUGUAUGUUUCCAUAUGUGUGUGUUUGUGUGUGUGUGUGAACAAUGUCAGUGUGGUCGUUUUCUUUCUCCCUAUUGUUGGUGAAAUCACGAGGAAUUCUUUAGGAUUUCAAAGAAUUCAAUGCUGUGUGGGAUGGAAAAUGCCAACCGAUUCACAUACAAAUUGACGGCCACCAAGCAGAAUCCCCGUCAUCCAAGGCUGCCUUCCCUUGACAGCUUCAUCUUUUCAACUUCUCUCCAUCAUUCCUCUGUGGUUUUGCACAGGACACAGCAACUGGUCACUUGAAAGCGUUUGACCAGUGACACAUUCACACACACCUGACAACAAGAAAACAAAAACUAUUUUUCUUCAGUGGUGGUCAUCAUACCGAGUACAGCGUUCAGUUGCAGAGUUGAGAUCAAUUGGUUAAAAUCGUUCCUUGGAAAACGUGAAUAUCUCCAGAGGCAAUGGAUCAAUUUUCUGCCAUUGGAACAUCAAUCCUCAGCAAAGUUGCCUUUUAUCCGUCCCUUUUCUACAAUUAUGCCUUGUAUUUAGCUUCCUUUCGUCAUUGGUAUGUUCGUAUAGACAGCUCAAUCAUCUUUGGUGCCUUACCAUUUCGGCAAAUGGCCACAGAGUUGGUGGAAAAGGAAAACGUCAGAGGUGUUCUCUCAGCCAAUGAAAAUUUUGAAACAAAGCAUUUUACACCAUCAAAAGAGGAAUGGAAGGAUCUUGGUGUUGGUUUCCUUCAAGUGGAAGUUGAAGAUUUCAUUGGGACACCCAGCUUGUGGCAGGUCACCCAAGCUCUGGCAUUCAUCAGCUAUUAUCAACAACUUGGUCAGUGUGUUUAUGUCCAUUGUAAAGCUGGGCGGACAAGAAGUGCCAUCAUUGUUGCUUGUUAUCUGAUGAUGAAGAACCAGUGGGAUGACACGACUGCAUGGAACCACAUCCUCUCUAGAUGCACCCAUGUGCGACUGACCCAGCAGCAGCAACAAUUCCUUCACUUCUUCUACUUAACUGAGACCAGCAUGCAGAAACUAAGAACCAGAUGAUUCCCAACUCAGACAUGCUUCAACCUCCAUUCAGUUUACAAGAAAUAGCGACUCAACAUAUAUUUAUCAGCUGAAAUCAAUCCAAAAUGAACUCUUCUGAAACCCUGGGUGUCCCUCCACAACAACUUAUAUUAAACUCACUUUAACAAUUUGAUCUCAACAUACGGUUUUAGCUCAAUGUAGGACAGCCACAAUGCAUCAUAGAAUGACUUCAACCCACAAGAACUACUUUAACUCAAAAUACAACAGCCUCAACCCAAUAUAUAAAACAAUCUCAUCUUAA